CUCUCGCGAGAGGAUAGUUUGAAAAAGUGGCGCUUCAACGUCUUUCCAGACAGAAGUUUCAAAAGCGAUUUCUUGCAGGUACGACUAAGAUUAAACCAUUUUCCCGAAACGCGUUGAUCAGAAAUUAAGUAUUAUACAGAGAAACUAACAAGGAUGAAUGUUCUGGUAAACUUUAAGUAGUUGAAAACUAUAAUUAUGAGUUAGUCCUUCGUGUUUUUGGAUCAAUGCUAAUGCUAAGUGUCGAUGCGAACAGUUCCUAAACAUAAACAAACGCUCUCACAGAGGGAAAACUAUAUUUUAUUCAGCUGUUUCACAUGUUUACUUAUUUUAUUUAGUAUGGGACGUCAUCUAGUUGUGUAGUAUGUGCUAACGUUAGGUCAUUUAAUGAAUCACUCUUUAUUUAUAUCAUUAAAAGUGGUUCGAGGAAAGAUCAGUAACAUCAACAUGUCUGGAGACAGUGAUCUAGAGAUUGAAGAGGCUUUCCGGAGAGCACAGAAAGCUCAUAAUAACAAGGCCAAACUUGUUGCCAGUUUGAAGAACAGAUAUAAUAAGUUGGAAGAUAAGACUGAAUUCCACGAAGAGUUCAUCCGCUGCCUGAAGUAUGCCAUGAUCAUUUACACCCGAGAGCCGGCGGUGGAGAACGUCAUUGAGUUUGUCACAAGGUUUGCUGCUAGUUUCGAAACUCCUGUUAAUGAGAACGCUGAAGAGGAGGAGGAGGAGGGGGACGAAAAUGAGUUUUUGAACGUCCUGCUCAACUUCCUGUUAGAGUCUCAUGGUGCAAACAGCCACGCGGUGAGGUUUCGUUCUUGUCAGCUGGUGAAUAAGCUGCUGGGCAGUCUGAGUGAGAAUGCUCAGAUUGAUGAUGAUCUGUGGGAUAGGAUCCACGAGGCCAUGCUGAUCCGAGUCACAGACAAAUACCCUAAUGUCAGGAUUCAGGCAGCACUGGCCAUGUCCAGACUCCAGGACCCCAGCAACUUGGACUGCCCCACUAUUAAAGCUUAUAUGCUGCUUUUGGAAAAUGACUCAAACCCUGAAGUUAGACGCGCUGUGCUGUCUUGCAUCGCUCCCUCGGCCACUACACUUUCUAAAAUCUACAAACGCACCCGGGACGUCAAAGAGAAAGUCAGGAAACUUGCUUAUCAGGUGCUGGCAGAGAAAGUGCAUAUUCGAGCACUGAGCAUUGCUCAGAGAGUCAGUCUAUUGCAUGAAGGUCUCAGUGAUUCUGCAGACUCAGUGAAGGAGGUCGUCAAGACCCAUUUGCUGCCUGCUUGGCUUCGCAUGCAGCAGGGAGAUGUUUUGCAGUUGCUUCACAGAUUGGAUGUAGAGAAUUGUGCAGAAACUGCGAUGACUACUUUACAAGCCAUCUUCUCCAUGGCAUCAAGCCCCGAUGACCUCCUGCAGAACGGGGUCAGGCUGAAUGAGAGGAAACUAAUCCCCGUGGACUCCCUAACAUGUGAAAAUGUGUUGUACUGGAGAGCGUUGUGUGAGUUUGUCAAGAAUAAAGGAAACGAAGGUGAGGAAUUACUGGAGCAGUUACUCCCAGAGACGGCCAUCUUUGCUGAGUACCUGUACAGUUAUCUAAAGAGCAUCACUCAGCUGUCUGAGGAGCAGAGAGCAGAUAUGACACAGCUUGAGAUGGUGAUGACCCAAGAGUUCAUUGGACAGCAGCUGAUUCUUCUUGUCGGGUGUCUGGACACCUCUGAAGAAGGCGGCAGGAAGCGAAUGGUUGCAGUGCUGCAGGAAGUUCUUCUGAUGUCCAACACGCCCAGCUCUCUGAUUGGUCUGCUAGUGGAGAAACUGAUUGGAAUUCUACGAGACGACGCACAGAAAAUUCAGAUGAUCGCUGAAAUAAUAUCUGACGUGAGAGAGCCCAUUUUGCCCGUCUCUGAACCUGUGGAUGAGAAUGAGAAACGCAGAAAACAAGUCAAACUGGCUGAGGUUCGAGUGCAGAUAAUGGAGGCGAAGCAGACUCUAGAAGAAUGCAUCAGCUGUCAGGACUUCAGUCGCGCAGCUGAGCUGAAAGAAUCCAUCUCUGAGCUCGAGGAGCUGAAGAACCAGCUCGUCCUGGAGGCGUCACAGUCUGCUGACAACAUCAAGGAGCAGCGUGUGGAAAAGAGCGAUCCAACCACCUUGCUGAAAUGUCUGACAAUGUGUGCCGAGCUGUUCAAGCAAAUGAACAUCAAGAGAGGAAUCUGCCCUACAAUGAAUGCUCUGAUUGAGUCACUGAUACUGCCAGGUGUGUCUAACCCUAACCCUGCUGUUCGCAACAUGGCUGUCACCUGUUUGGGAACCGCUGCCCUCCACAGUAAAGACCUUGCCAACACACACCUUGUGCUGCUCUUGCAGAUCACACAGCUAGACGAGCCUAAAAUCAGGAUCAGUGCUCUCCGCGCUCUCAUCGACCAGCUCCUGCUCAAUGGCCUCAACAUCCUGCAAGACAAGCCUGCUCCUGUCUCCCAAGACGACAGUAACGAGCAGCCUGAACAUCAAGCUGAGGAGGAGAGUACCAUUCAGAGCAUCCUGAAGAUGCUCUCAGACUUCCUUGAUAGUGAGAUCUGUGAGCUCCGCACAGAGACCGCAGAAGGUCUGGCAAAGUUGAUGUACUGUGGGAGAAUCCUGAGUCCAAAGCUGUUGUCCCGUCUGGUGCUGCUGUGGUACAACCCUGUGACCGAGGAUGACCAAAGACUGCGCCACUGCCUGGGGGUGUUCUUACAGCUGUAUGCCCGCGCCAGCAGAACAAAUCAAGAGUGUGUGGAGGAGAGUUUUCUUCCAACCAUGAGAACUCUGUUCAAUGCUCCUGUGACAUCUCCAUUGUCUGAGGUAGACACAUCCAACGUGGCUGAACUGUUUGUUGAACUAACUCGACCCAGCACUCUUGUGAAGCCUGCAGCCGUACAGGCUGUGUCUGUGCAUGACUCUCUGGCAGUGCGUGUCUGUAAUGAAAUCUUGCGAGACAUUUCUGCUCCCGAGGUGCGUCUCUUCUGUAAAACUCUCAGCUGGCUGGAGAUUAACACUGAACCUGGACCAGCUAACAGUGAAUUGCAACUCCUGUUAAAAGACAUUUUACAGGAAGUAAAAGAUAAGCACUGUAUAAGGAUUAUUGAGAAGCUUUGUAACCAGCUAAAUGGAGAUCGUUGUUCCAAAUCAGCUGGUGCCCAGGACACAACUUUGCAGAACUUGGAUGACAACAAUGGAGAGGUGAACAAAGAUGAAACUAAAGCUAAACGUGCAAAAAGAGGCCAGAAAAAAGCUUCCACGGCAAAGAAUGGCAAGAAAGCCAGUAAAGCAGAGUUGUCCUCUGAGGAAAGUGAUGAAGAGAAUGUUCCUGAAGAGCCUUCAUCAGUAAGACCAAGUCGCCGUGCAAAGAUGGCUGCAAUAGAUAAAACAAAGCAGGAUCUGACUGCACUAAUGAACCAGGAGGCCAACGGUUCUUAAGAAGGUCCACUUUCGGAGCUAGUAUGCAUGGCCUGAGAAGCUCGGCUGAUGGUGAGGUCCAGAGGCCCGUCAGGAUCUGGUUGAUGAGGGAGAAGCUCAGAGCUGUCGCUCAGGCCAUUCAGGCCCUCGUGAGCCUGGCUUUUACAUGCAUACUCGAAGGCGAAUCUCCGAAUCAUCUUGCGCAUCAACUCCUGCGCCACCAACGGUAUACUGGAAUCACAGCUCUGAGGGAAUUCUGAGACAUUGAAAAAUACAGAACUAGUUAAAGAUCUCAUUGCAUGCAUUAGGUUCCUUAUGUAAAAGCUAUUUUUUUUACUUUUACUAAUAUUUGACUUUAAGGAUCUUAAGAAUCUGGAGCUGAUAAACUGAGCUCCAUGGAUGCAUUGUGUGUAAGACAACAACUGAAAUGAUUCUGAAAGCUUGCUCUCUAGAUUUCUGUUUUAUAAAAAUACUAAUAUUUAAAAUCACUUCUGUCCAAUUGUCCAUAAGUUCACGCCUGAUUCUGCAAACUUUCUAUCAAGUGACAGUUUACAAUGUGGUACCGUAGACUAAGGGUGAGCGAUCUGACUAUUUUUGAUGAUAUCCACAAUCUAUUUUUCAAAAGAAAUGUAGAGAUUGUGACCAAAUGUGACCUAUUUCUGUUUUAUUUAGUUAUUAACACGUUAGAGUAAUAAAGAAACAUGCACAGUAUAUUUUUAGUUUUAGGUGCGGGCUUAACUGGUCAAAUACACAAAAAAAGGCAAGAAAUUGAAAAUCCUCCAAUUACCACGACGCAUAAAUGGUCUACAUGUGACAAAAAACAUAAGUGUAAUUUUUAACAAUAUUUUUAUUUAUUUAAAUUAAUUUUAAUUGCUAUACUACUACUAUAAAAUGUAAUUACAUACUCAUUAUGCAUGGUAAAUUAUGUAAAUUACAGCAUUUAAAUGGUAGAGUUCUCCUUGCUUUGUCACAUAAUGUCUCAGUGGCUGGGUAAAAUAGUGAAUAUUUGUACAAUCUAUACAUUCAGUAAUGUGUCAAAUAAUGUUCUUUGACUUUUCUUCCAGUGGGGAAGCAUCCAGAAACUACAAUAGUUUACUAUGCAUUAAAUUGAAAUUAAAUUAAAUACAAUUUAUAGUUUAGCAAAAUACCAAUAAGAAAGAAAUGCACCGGGACUCUUAUUUUGAAAUUUCUUAAGUAUUGCGGGCUGAUCCUUCAGAUAAGAGCUAAAACAUGCAGUCUUGCAACAAUAUAAAACACAUUAUAUGAAGGCCAUAAAGCAGACAUUUUCAUAAUUCAUCAACUCGAGCUCAUAAGCAAUCGCUUGGUAUAAAUGUGCACUAUUCAUUGAUUGAGAAUCACUUUGAAGCAGUUCUUUUUUAAAUGAAAUCACAGCCUUCUAAAGCUUAAUAAUCAAUAGGAUGUUUCGAGAUUUAUGUAUUAACAUCCCUAAAAUAUAACAUCAAACCUAAAAUGAUCAUUAAGACAUUUGUUUUACCAUGCAUUUCAUGCAUUGAAGACUUUAUGACAUUCAAUUUAAGAAAACUCUAAUGCUUCGCAAAUGCGAGGCUUAGUAAAAAAUUCAAUUUUUUAAAGAAAUGCAAAGGUUGUAAUGGAUGGUAGCACUGGUAAUGCAUGUAACAGCUGUAAUAAAAACUUCACUCCCUAUGGAUAAUUAGAAUAAAAAUGUACUCCUCACCCUUCUUACGAAAUAAAGCAUUGAGGAAUCGG